AUGAAUUUUGAACCGGCACCUUUCACCACCUUGCAGUACUACCCUGAUCCCUGCAUCCAGCGGUUUGUAGAAACUCCGAGCCACUUCUCCUGGAAGGAGAGUUACUACCGGUCGGCCAUGUCCCACGGCUCGCAGCCCAGGGAAUUCCUCAGCCCAGAGGUGCUCCAGCAUAUCUGGGACUUCCUGGAACAGCCAAUAUGCUCGGUUCAGCCGAUCGAUCUGAACUUCAUUGAUGGCCCAUCUGAAAAUGGCCCUACAAACAAAAUAGAGAUUAGCAUGGACUGUGUUCGGGUGCAGGACACGGAGCUGAAUGACCCAAUGUGGCCGCAGUACACGAACCUGGGGCUCCUGAACAGCAUGGACCAGCAGAUCCAGAAUGGCUCUUCCUCCACCAGCCCCUACAACACGGAGCACGCGCAGAACAGUGUCACGGCCCCCUCACCUUACGCCCAGCCCAGCUCAACUUUUGAUGCCCUCUCGCCCUCCCCAGCCAUCCCUUCCAACACAGACUACCCAGGACCUCACAGCUUCGAUGUAUCAUUUCAACAGUCCAGCACAGCAAAGUCAGCAACGUGGACGUAUUCCACUGAACUGAAAAAGCUGUACUGCCAGAUCGCCAAGACAUGUCCCAUCCAGAUCAAAGUGAUGACCCCGCCGCCCCAGGGAGCCGUCAUCAGGGCUAUGCCAGUCUACAAGAAAGCUGAGCAUGUCACCGAAGUGGUCAAACGCUGCCCGAACCACGAGCUGAGCCGGGAGUUCAACGAGGGGCAGAUUGCGCCUCCCAGCCACUUGAUCAGGGUGGAAGGGAACAGCCAUGCCCAGUAUGUAGAAGACCCCAUCACCGGGAGGCAGAGUGUGCUGGUCCCCUACGAGCCGCCCCAGGUUGGUACGGAGUUCACAACAGUCUUGUACAACUUCAUGUGUAACAGUAGCUGCGUGGGAGGGAUGAACCGUCGCCCGAUCCUCAUCAUUGUGACACUGGAAACCAGAGAUGGGCAAGUCUUGGGCCGCCGAUGUUUCGAAGCCCGCAUUUGCGCUUGCCCAGGCAGAGAUCGCAAAGCAGACGAGGACAGCAUCCGCAAGCAGCAAGUCUCCGACAGCACAAAGAAUGGUGAUGGUACGAAACGCCCUUUUCGACAAGGAACUCAUGGCAUACAGAUGACAUCUAUCAAAAAAAGACGUUCCCCAGAUGAUGAGCUCUUAUACUUGCCGGUGAGGGGACGGGAGACGUAUGAAAUGCUACUAAAGAUCAAAGAGUCCCUGGAACUGAUGCAGUACCUUCCCCAGCACACGAUUGAGACCUACCGGCAGCAGCAGCAGCAGCAGCACCAGCACUUGCUCCAGAAGCAGACCUCCAUGCAGUCGCAGUCUUCCUAUGGCUCCAACUCUCCACCGCUCAGCAAAAUGAACAGCAUGAACAAGCUGCCCUCGGUCAGCCAGCUAAUCAACCCCCAGCAGCGCAAUGCCUUGACCCCAACCACCAUCCCCGACGGCAUGGGAACCAACAUUCCCAUGAUGGGCACCCACAUGGCCAUGACCGGAGACAUGAAUGGCCUCAGCCCCACGCAGGCGCUGCCUCCUCCCCUCUCCAUGCCUUCAACGUCCCACUGCACCCCUCCUCCUCCGUACCCCACAGACUGCAGCAUCGUCAGCUUCUUAGCGAGGUUGGGCUGCUCAUCCUGUGUGGAUUAUUUCACGACCCAGGGGCUGACCACCAUCUAUCAGAUUGAGCAUUACUCCAUGGAUGAUCUGGUGAGCCUCAAGAUCCCGGAGCAGUUCCGCCAUGCCAUCUGGAAGGGCAUCCUGGACCACCGGCAGCUCCAUGACUUCUCCUCCCCUCCCCACCUCCUGCGCACCCCCAGCGGCGCCUCCACCGUCAGCGUGGGCUCCAGCGAAACCCGGGGGGAGCGGGUCAUCGAUGCGGUCCGCUUCACGCUCCGGCAGACCAUUUCCUUCCCGCCCCGCGACGAGUGGAACGACUUCAACUUCGACAUGGAUGCCCGGCGCAACAAACAGCAACGCAUCAAGGAGGAAGGAGAGUGA